AUGGGGGAUGAGAGCCCCUUCGGCCUGUCGCAAGAACGCGCCGAUGCAACUUCAGUGAAUUCAGCGACCAUAGCAGCCGCCGAUCAACGUCCGAAUUCCAACUCUUCUGCAUCGCCAAAAAAAGAAACCAGUGAGGAGAGUAAAGAUGGCGAGACGGCGACCAAACAGAACUUUGGAGACCUUGUGAGAGUGCUCAAACAUGGAUCGAGGGUCGACUUUGUCGUCUUCGGGGUUGCUACCCUUUGUUCGUUGGGAUCCGGUGUGGUUCUUCCAUUGAUGAAUAUCGUCUUUGGCAAUCUCGUCGGUGGAUUCAGCGGAUACUUCACACCGGGAAAUCAAACGACUGAAGAUGAGUUUAAGCGCCAGACAAACCACAAUGCGCUUUUGAUUGUAUACUUGUUCAUCGGCAAGUUUGUGCUCACUUAUAUUGCCAUGUUUUGCUUUCGAAUGGCAGGACUCCGAGUUACCGCAAACCUGCGUCUCGCUUAUAUGAGAGCCGUCUUCUCGCUGCCCAUUAGCCUACUCGACGAAGUUUCCACUGGCACGGUAUCAAAUACCAUUACUUCUUCCUCCAACAUCAUCCAGAGCAGCAUCGCCGACAGACUAGCUAUUCUCUUUCAGUCUAUCGGCCUCCUCAUUUCCGCUUAUGCAGUUGCCUUCAAAUAUUCAUGGGCUUUGACCCUGGCAGCCACCUCGUCGCUGGUGUUUAUGGUCGUCGUGUAUUCCAUCGGAGUUCCCUUUCUCCUGAAGGGCCAGAAAGAGAGCUCCGAAGCGGAUGAGAAACAUGCCUCCAUUGCGUCAGAUAUCUUCGGUUCAAUUCGAACUGUUUUCUCCCUGGGCGCUGAAAGCGCCCUGUCAGAAAAUUAUUUCCACUGGGUUGACAUUUCGCGCCAACGGAAUGCAGACAUGGUUUGGGCUAUGAGUUGGCAGCUGGGAAUGGGUAUGUUCGCCAUACCUGCAAACUAUGCACUGAGCUUUUGGCUUGGGUUGGACCUCUACCAAAAAGGCAUGAUUCACAAUAUCAACGCUGUCAUCACAGUCUUCUUCUCCGUUCUCAUCGUCGGUACAAUCAUGGGCAGCAUUGUCCUUCCCGUCAUGCAAUUAACCAAAGCAGUCACUGCUGCCAGUGGCUUUUUCAAGAUCAUCGAUUCCGAACGCAUCGCCCUUGGCGGUCUGAAAGAUCCCGAGGUCUCCGCGCACGCUGAUAUCGAGUUCAAAGACGUCAAAUUUGCGUAUCCGACCAGAAGUCACGUCCAAAUCUUGAAGGGAUUGAAUAUCACGUUUGAGAAGGGCAAAACAACCGCCCUUGUUGGGCCGUCUGGAUGCGGAAAGAGUACAAUUGUCGGUUUAACGGAGAGAUGGUAUCAGUUAGACAAUUCUCUGCUACAGGAAACUACCGAAAAAUUAGACGAGAGCAUAAUUGAGUCUCAAACGACGAUCGAUGUCAAUCAAAAACCCAUCCAGAAUACCGGGUCCAUCCUCAUUGAUGGUCACAACCUCAACGAAAUUGAUGUCAAAUGGUGGCGCACGCAGAUAGGUCUCGUCCAGCAAGAACCGUUCCUUUUCAACGACACCAUCUAUGGCAACAUCUCCCUUGGGCUCAUUGGGUCUCAGUGGGAGAAUGAGACGGAGGAUGUCAAGCGUGAUUUGAUUAAAGGAGCCUGCAAAGAGGCCUUUGCUGACGAGUUCAUCGAGCGGCUGCCCAAGGGCUAUGACACAAUGGUAGGCGAGGGUGGUAUCAAACUCAGUGGAGGACAGCGUCAGCGUCUCGCUAUUGCCCGAAGUAUCGUCAAACGGCCGACUAUUCUGAUACUAGAUGAAGCCACAAGUUCCAUCGACGUGCGCGGUGAAAAGAUUGUGCAAGAGGCACUUGACAGAGUAGCAGCAACGCGUACCACUAUUAUGAUCGCACACCGACUGUCGACAAUCCGCAAGGCCGAUCGCAUCAUCGUUCUCCAGAGCGGAUCAAAAAAAGAAGAGGGAAACCAUGAGGAAUUGAUGGCCAUUGAAGACGGUCUCUAUUUUAACCUUGUUAACGCCCAGAAAAUCAAUUCCGAGUCUAGUGAUACCGAAUCCGAAGGGGUUGACGAGGUUUUCGAAGCAGAAGAUCCAAUGGACAAAAACCGCGCCUUUGAAUACGACGAUGAAGAGACGCAGAAACCAAAGAAGGGAAAAACUGACUAUCUAGUUUUAGCGAAGAUUGUUGGCGAGCAAAGUUCUCUUUGGUUUCUUUGGAUCCCUCUAUUGAUCGCUGCUAUGGGCGCCGGUGCGUCGUAUGCCCUUCAGAGCUGGUUCUUCGCCCAGCUCAUUCAAGUUUUCCAGUACACUGGCGAAAAGUUGACAUCUUCUCGUAAUUUCUGGUCGCUGAUGUUCUUCGUCCUCGCCUUGGUAGUUGGAGUCUGCUAUGCCGUCCUCGGAUUUACGUCGACCUCUCUCUCUGCUAGAGUUUCAUCCGUCUACCGAAAACAGUACUAUCGGAACAUCCUCACUCAGCCUGUUUCCUUCCACGACGCCGAAAAUAACUCCUCCGGAUCGCUCAUGUCUCAACUGACUACUGAUCCAAAACAAGUCCAGGAAGCUUUCAGCGUACAUGGCGCUUUCCCUCUAAUCAGUAUCUGGAAUUUGAUCGGAUGCGUGGCCAUCUCCUUCUCCUUUGGCUGGAAACUAUCGCUCGUUGCUCUGCUAGCCGCUUUACCUGUUAUGUUCGUCGCGGCGUUCUUACGUAUCAGGCAUGAGGUUAAGUUCGAUGCCAUGAAUGCUGCGGUAUUCUCGGAGAGUAGUCAAUUUGCAACGGAAGCUAUCGGUGCCUUUCGUACUGUGUCUUCGCUCACCAUGGAAGACUACAUUAUUCACCGAUUUGACACUCUAGUCAAGGAUCAGAUCAAGCGAGCAUUUCGCAAAGCCAGCCACGCAACUCUCAUAUUUGCUUUGUCGGAUAGUGUUGAGCUUUGUGCCAUGGCAUUGACGUUCUGGUAUGGUGGACAACUCCUAGCCAGUCUUACCUACGACCCGCUACAUUUCUUUGUCAUCUACAUCGCUGUUGUGCAAGGUGGGCAAGCCGCCGGUCAAGCAUUCAGUCUUGCGCCCAUCUUUGGCCAAGCCACUGGUAGCGCUGAUCGAAUGUUCAAACUUCGGUCUCUUGUUUCUAAGCAGAAAGCGGAUUCGUCGAAGGGGGGAAAAGCUCCGCUGAAAGAUAUCCCUCGCAAGACUGGAGCGGAAGCUGGUGCAAGCAUCGAUAUGACCAAUGUAGCAUUCAAAUAUCCCACACGAGACGUGCCGAUUUUCCAUUCCCUGUCUCUCUCGAUUCCGUCCGGCCACUUUGUCGCCUUCGUUGGACCAUCAGGGUGCGGUAAGACAACUAUUAUAUCUCUCUUGGAGCGAUUUUACGACCCUGUCGCCGGGGAUAUUUCCUUCAAUGGUACGCCUCUCGAGGACCUCGACGUGGCAUCAUAUCGAAGACAUGUGUCUCUCGUCGCACAGGAGCCGCGGUUAUUUGAUGGAUCUAUCCGCGAAAACCUUCUUUUAGGCAUAUCCUUGCCAGCAUCAUCAUCGUCCGAAGAAAAAGACGAUUUGGAGGGGCGAAUGGAGCAAGCAUGCCGUGAUGCCGAAAUCCACGAUUUCAUCACCUCCCUCCCUGACGGCUACAACACUCAGCUCGGUUCUCAGACCCAAACUGCAUUGAGUGGCGGCCAAAAGCAGCGUCUCUGUAUCGCUCGCGCUUUGUUACGCUCACCAUCAUUGCUUCUUCUAGACGAGGCAACGUCUAGUCUCGACUCUCAGUCUGAGAAACUCGUCCAGGCCGCUUUGGAUCGGUUGGCUUCCAAGAGGAGCAUGACUAUUAUCGCCGUGGCGCACAGACUCGCCACGAUCCAGAAAGCAGAUACUAUCUAUGUGUUUGGCGAAAGUGAGCGUGGCACGGGGAGUCGGUUGAUUGAAAAGGGAGGCCACGAAGACUUGUUGAGGCGGAGAGGAAUGUAUUGGCAAAUGUGUCAAGCACAAGCUUUGGAUAAAUAA